GUCCCUCAAAUUUGCCUUUGGUUUCAACAAUCAUGAAAUUUCCAACCUCCUUGCUCUCCCUAACUCGGUUUCUCCUCCUCCUCCCAUUCUUCUCGUCUGCGUGGAUAGGCGUUUCAGUCGCCACCAACAACCAGCCGCAGCCGCAGUACCACGAUUUACUCCACUGCCUCUGCUCCCAAGAAGACGCCAUCUCCAACCUCAUUUACACCGCCCAAAACUCCACCGCAUACGCCUCCGUCUUGCAGUUCUCCAUUCGAAACCCCAGAUUCAGCAACAACGCCUCCUCGUCAAGAACAAAACCCAUCGCCAUAGUCACUCCCACAACCAUCCCCCAGAUCCAAUCCACCGUCCUCUGCUCCCGCAAGCACGGCCUCCACCUCCGAGUCCGAAGCGGCGGCCACGACUUCGAAGGCGCGUCUUACGCCUCACUAUCCUCCCGGUUCCUCCUCCUCGACCUCGUCAAUCUACGCAACGUGACCGUAGAUGUCCCCUCCAAGUCCGCCUGGGCCCAAUCCGGCGCCGUUCUGGCCGAAGUGUACCACAGCAUCGCCUCCGCCAGCAGGACGCUCGCCUUCCCCGCGGGGCUCUGCCCCACCGUCGGCCUCGGCGGCCACAUCAGCGGCGGAGGGUACGGCACCACGCUGAGGAAGUUCGGGAUGGCGGCGGAUAACAUCCGCGACGCCCUGCUGGUCGACGCGGACGGCAGGGUCCUGGACAGGGCCGCGAUGGGGGAGGACGUCUUCUGGGCGAUUCGCGGCGGCGGAGGCAACACCUACGGAAUCGUCGUCUCGUGGAAACUGAAAUUGGUACGAGUCCCGCUCCGACUGUCCGCGUUCACGGUUUCCAGAACGUCGGCGUCGUCCGACGGCGACGCGGAGAUGACGAUGCUCGUCGACCGGUACCAGCGCGUGGCGGACAAGCUGCCGGACGAUCUCAUGAUCCUGGUGAUGAUCGGCGCUGCGGCGGCGCGCGGUCAGGGUAAUUCCACCAAACAGGUACUGCAAGCUGCAUUCCAAGUCAUGUAUUUGGGGAGAAAAGGAAAGCUGUUGAGGGUUAUGAAUGAGAACUUCCCGGAGCUGGGAUUGAAGGAAGAAGAUUGCAAGGAGAUGAGCUGGAUCGAGUCGGUGCUUCACUUCGCCAAUUACCCGAGCAACUCCACCUACGACGUGCUGCUGAAGAGCAGGACGGACUCGCCCAUCUCGUUCGCGAAGCUGAAAGCGAAAUCGGACUACGUGGGCACGCCGCUCCCUGAAUCGGCGUUGCAGGGGAUCUGGAGCAGGGUUCAUCAAGUGGAGCCAGGGGCGGCUCUGCUCCAUCUCAUUCCUCACGGAGGGAUGAUGAGCCGAAUCUCGGAUUCCAGCACUCCUUACUCAUAUAGAGCCGGGACUGUGUACAAAAUCCAGUACUAUGUGGCAUGGUCGGGUGAACAGAAGGAGGUGGAAGAGAGGCAUUUGGGAUGGAUAAGGAAGCUGCACGAAUUCCUGACGCCGUUCGUCUCCAAGAACCCGAGAGGAGCGUACGCGAAUUCCAGGGAUCUGGACUUGGGGAUGAAUGAUCCGACGGGGGAGACGAGCUACGAGCAGGCCAGAGGUUGGGGGGAGCAGUAUUUCAAGCAUAAUUUUGAGAGGUUGGCUCGGGUGAAAGCCGCCAUUGACCCUUCCAAUUUCUUCAGGAACGAACAGAGCGUCCCUCCUUUGUCCAUGUGAUUUUUCAUGAUCGAGCCGGUUUGGAUUGCUCGACCGACGCUCUGGUUUUGGUUCGAUUAUGCUUUUUUCACUUAUAUGGUAGACUACUGAUAUUUCUUUUUUGAGAAAAGUUAACUGAUAUUUCGAGACUUACUGUUUUGCCAAUGAAUUAUUGGUCGUUCUUUAGAAAGUCAAUGAAAUGACAAAUCGUGUAUUGUCAAGUUUUACGGUUUGAUUUCCUUGUGCAAUAAAAAGUGUAAAACCGUAAGUUUUUAAAUUUUAAAAUCUGAGUUUAAUUGUAUUUGUCCUAACACUUAUUCAUAUUGAAGACUUAACAAUCUUAAAGUUAGAUUCGGGGGAAAAUUAAUUCAGAUGCCAAGUUAGUGUAGAAUGGACAAUAAUAAAAAUUCUAUUGUGCA